UCACAGCCUUGCUGAGAGCGAAAAGGCUGCUUAACUUCUUGUUUUCUUCACAAGUUGUCUUCGUUACCACUACUCAAAAAGUGCUUCCAGCUGGCAGGUGUGCUUUCAGUUGUGUGUCUUGACUAUUAUCAUCAUCAUCAUCAUCAUCAUCAUCAUCAUCAUCAUCAUCAUCAUCAUCAUCAACAGCCGGUCUGAAAAGACCGAAGAGAGAGAACCAUGCUCCGCUGCAGGAGGUGUCGGAAAGGCGUCGUAGACUCGACAUGUUUGUCAAUGGUCGAGGCCACAGAUGAAAGCUCAGCUGCUGUUUGCAGUAUUUGGCACGUUGAUGUUGACACGCUGCCAGAGUGGAUACUGACCUCAGUUCACCAGGCCCAGUGGACUGUAGGAAAGCUGUACUGCCAGAACUGCGGGGCUCGUUUGGGCGGCUUCAACUUCAUCAACCACAGCGAGUGUCCCUGUGGUCGAGACGCCGCCGUCCACCUCAACAAAAGCCGCGUGGAUCGCGACCACAAACACUAUGUUCUUAUCGUCCAGCCGAGGAGGACGAGGGCUGGCCUGCUGACAGACGGCUCUCAGAGCAGAGAGCAGAGGCCUCAGUUUAACAGGACGGCACUGGACAGUUUACAGCUCAACUGUGCUGCUGUCAUGUCCCACAUCAGCCCUGCGGAGGCCUCUAAUUCACUGACUGACAGUGAAACCCCCCAGUCUUAUUCGUUCAGUCCUCUGUACUGCAUCUCUCAUAAGAGACGGUGCAGUUUGGAAGAUGAUGCUGCCAUCAGGUCGUCGUGUUUUUGCCCCGCAGGCCUUUCAGUCAAGUCUGCUGUUGAGAGUACAAGGACAGGUGAGUAUACGCGGUCACCUGUCUCGUAUCCAACAAGUCAGCAGUUUGACACUGAAGGUGAAGCGUCAGUCAACGCCGUCGCCUGCCGUUCAUUCGUUUCUGGAAGGACACGGUCACCUCUGAGUCGACAGCUGCUGCAAACUGUGGAGGACGCGGAGUCUUCCCCAGAGUCUUCGGCUGUCCACGAGGAGGUUUCUGUUUCAGCCCUGUUCCUCAGAGGGAGGUCCAUCUCUGACAGUGUGGCCGAGCAGUUCGAGGAAGGGGUGCCUCAAGCCUCUCCAGACUCAAACAGACUGAGCAAAAGAGAGAAGAACCGUCUGAAGAGUCUUCGUAGGAAACAGAGGAGGAGAGAGCGAUGGCUGCACAGCCAGCUGGAGCAGGCUGAGAGUGUGUCACUGUUGGACAGUGAGGAGGAGGACAGAGAGGGCCUCACCUGUGCCGUGUGUCUUGAGUUGUACUUCAGCCCGUACAGCUGCCAGCCCUGCGGUCACGUCUUCUGCGAGCCGUGUCUCCGCACAAUUGCCAAGAACCGACUGACAAACACCCCCUGCCCUCUCUGCCGCACCAUCAUCUCACACACCAGCCUCCACAAAGAGCUCGACCAAACAGCCAAGACCUUCUUCCCCAAAGUGUACUCCGCCCGCCAGCAGAACUUCCAGAGUGCUGUGUGUGCAAAAUGGCCUCUGCCCAGCUGUCGCAAACGCUUCCUUGCCUUCUGGGGUGAACAGAGACGGGCUGCGUUGACAGGGAGACGCUGGCACUUUCCCCAUGGAGGUUUCACGCUGGAUGCUUUGGACUUCACGGACAUGCGCGGCUGGCUCUUCUACAUCGGCCUGGUCAUCGUGUACAUCCACUCAGUCAACUGGAUCCUGGCUUUCCUCUUCCUCUGUCUCCUCAUGUACUACUUCUUCUUUUGAGACACUGAGGAGCGCGUGAGAGUUUGCAGUGCAGGUUCAUCUUUUUUUAGUCUUCAAAGAGAGUGAUGUGCGUUUUUCUGGUUUCACCAGUUGGAGAGAGUCACAAGUCAAACCUGUUAUUUCAGCCGUAAAGUAUCUCAGAAAUAGCCGAAGUGAUGAGAUACAAAGGAGCAGGAAUCUGAACACUUGUAGCUUCGAAAUGUGCACGACUGGUGCGAAGAGUUUACAAGAUGUGUCAUCUGACUACAAACUAACUUUAAAAAUGUUCUGAUGUUUUGAGCAGAGCUUCUUUUUGCAAGUGUUAAGGGUUCUAUGGUGUAAAUGCAAUAAUACACGGAGGUGUCCUGAUCUCCUGAUGCGUGCUGUUUGGUAGUGAUCAGAAAGAAAAAAAACAUGAUUGAUGCAUGGUGUAGUCACUUUUGUUCAACAAGAAAUAGUUCAACAUUUUUGGGGAAAUGUGCUCGUUCCCUUUCUUUCAGAGAGGCAGAACAUGGAUACUGCUCUUAUGACUGUUUCAAGUACGGUGCAGGCUGGGAGGCAAUUAGCCUAGCUUAACAUGAAGACGACGCAGAUAGCCUGGCUCCAUCCAAAGUAACGAAAAGGUGUUUUUAGAGGAAGUAUUGUGCUGGAACAAUAGUAUUUCUUGGCAAACAGCCUGGAGCAGUGACUGCACAGCUUCCUGAGGUUUUUUUCGUCACCAUCACAGGUUUGGUACCUUUGUGUCUGUACAGAGAACAAAAUAUGUGCCAUAUGUGGCAACCUGCGCUGUAGCCGGAGACAUUUGCACCUAAGUGAAGGUUAAUUUGAUUUUAAUAUUUAUUGUCAUUGUACAAUACAGGGUUGCACAAUGAAAUGCAGUUGUAGUCCCUUCAAACUACAUAAAACUUGAGUCUCAGCCUGCAGAAAGAAGCUUCUGUGUAGCAUACCAGGCGGCAGCAGCAGCGUGAACAUGCUGGGGUGGGUAUUGUCCUUUAAUAUUCUUUGUCUCUUCACAGGCCGGAUGCUUUCUAUUGCUCCUCUGUAAAAGUUAACAAGAACUUGGCAGGGGAAUUUAGACUUCUUUAGUGUCCUUUGGAAAUACAGGCGUUAUUGAGCUUGUCUUACCAGAACAGAGAUGUUUGAUGACCGUAUCCGGUAUCAGGUAACAAAUGGGUUAAUGAACGACAUGUUAAUUAGUGAGCUUUAGCUGUGUCGAUAGGUGUAUUUUUAACCUUCCGACAAAGCCAGGCUAGCUGUCCACCUUUUUCACUAAGCUAGGCUAAUCAUGUCCUGACUCCACUUUCAUUAGUGAUGGUUCUCGUCGUCCCUAAACUAUUUCUUUAAUGUAGCACAGGCGCGAUGUUAGGAGACAAACUGUCACUUUACUGAAAAAAACAAGGAAGAGGAAGUUUAGACUUUGAGUUUUGUUAAUGGAUUUAAAAAAAACAUUGGAAGUAAGAUUCCCUGCUGAGAAAAAUUUGAUUCUACAUGUACAUGUUUUAUUAAUAAAUUAGAAAGAUGCUCAGGAAUCAAAUAUAUACCAAGUAACGACAGCAGCAAGUAUUGAUGGAUGUGAAUGAACAGACAAAAAAUCCUAUACAGAAAUGUGUUAAAAACUAAACCAUUUCAUUAUGGUGCCUUUGCUUAGUCUGUGCCUUCUGUCCAUAUCAAGUCACAAGAAACUGGAAUCAAGCAGCUUUACAUUGUUGCUCUCUGGCACAGAAUAUACUGUAUUCACAGGAAAAACCUUUGAAUAAAAUUAAGAUUUCAGUGAACAAAGACUGUCUCUUUUGAAGAAAAAGGCUUACUAAAGUCUCAUAAAAAUGUAUUGGCAUUCAUAGUCUUGUCAAAAAGGUGUCAUUUGAGCUAUGCAUCGCUGCUUCUUUCGCAUUUUGAUCUUGAGAGUGAAACUGAUAUCAAAUAUAAAUAAAAUGCAUUUGUUUUGAUUGUAUUAUUGUAGGAAAAAAAUACUUGAGUUCAUGUGUUUCCUCUUUUUUUUUUCUGGUUUGCUUGAUAGCUCUGGCCAUAGUAAUGAAAUGGUAAUA